GUGGAUCAGCAGGGCGCCGCGGGCUCCCCCAAGCAGGGCGCGGCGGACGCGGCGGCCUGCGCGGCCGCCGCCCGGGAGGCCGUCGAGCGCAGCACGCCCCACGGCGGCCAGCGCCUCCCGGUGGCCCAGCUCGCCGAGCUCGUCGGCGCGGCCACGCGGAGCCCAGAGGCGGGCGCCUGCUUCGCCAUGGCCGUCGGCGAGCUGGACGCGGGGCUGCGCGCGGAGCUGGCGGACCGCGUGGCGGCCCUGCGCGAGCACUUGUGCGCCGAG